AUAAAAGAUCCCAGUCUGCCGACCAUCAAAUUGCCUAUAAUCGAAGGGCGGGACCAACUUUGGGGUAAAACGAGAGAAGCAUUUCGCCAUAUAUGGAAUCACUAUCGAGAUCAAGCUGAUUGGUUUUUCAAAGCCGACGACGACACGUACGCCAUUCUGGAAAAUAUGCGUUAUUUUCUUUCAGCUUACAACACAUCGAAACCCUUGUGGUUUGGACAUAAAUUCAAGACCAUAGUGAAACAAGGCUACUUUAGCGGUGGCGCAGGAUACGUCCUUAGCAAAGAAGCUACUAGACGGUUCGUCGAAGAAGGCUAUUUUAACGUGCUACUCUGUCGACACGAUCACGAGGGAGCGGAGGACGCAGAAAUGGGAAAAUGUAUGAGUCGACUGAAUGUGUCGGCCAUGGACACGAGAGACGCCAAAGGCAGAGGAAGAUUUUUCCCGUUUUUUCCCGAACAACACAUUUUCCCUGGGAAAGUAACAAAGGACUACUGGUAUUGGCAAUCCAUUUACUACCCCGCACAAGAGGGAUUAGAAUGUUGUUCGGACAGCGCAAUCUCUUUCCACUACGUCAAACCUGAACAAAUGUACCUUCUAGAAUACCUGAUUUAUCGGUUAAGGCCGUUCGGGUUGGAGCCAGAAGAACGGCCAGCAACUCCAGAUCCAUCGCCAGACUUGGAUUUAACAGCGACGCCUUGGUAUGUUUCCGAAAAGCAAUUCGAGGGCAAUUCCGCUGGAGGUGAAGUAAUCCACAGCAGUACCAGUGCCACCCCCACACUGAAAAGUAACAGAUAUACCAUGAAAAAUUACACAGAACGACUCAAUGAGCUUAUCAAAAGAACAGAAAGGGCAAGAAAAUUGAAAAUAACAUAAUAUAAACUGCAGUCAUUUGCUUGAUUUGUUUCCAAAUAACUAUGUUAACGUGAU